CGAAACCCUCAUUCCUCCUGUGUGCGGGUGCGCCAUGGCCUCACCGCAGCAGCCGCCGCCGGCGAAGAAACCCCCACCACUCUCGCCGACAACCAUAAGCGCCCUGGACCUAGACACCCUCCGCGAGAUCUUCCUCUGCCUCCUCUCUCUCCCGAGCCUCGUCCGCGCCGCCCUCAGCUGCCGCACCUUCCUCGACGCCGUCCGUUCGUCCCCCGCUUUCCGCCGCCGCUUCCGCGCGCUCCAUCCACCCCCGCUGCUAGGUCAUUUCCUCACCACCCAAGACACCACCAUCCCCACCUUCGUGCCUCUCCGCAGCCGCUCCGACCCGGACAUCGCGGCGGCGGUACGCGGCGGCGAUUUCUUCCUCACCCGCCUCCCGGUCCCCGAAGACGGCGCCGUGUCCGUUCCUGUCCCCGCCCCCGCCCUCGAAGACAACGGCGAUGGCGUGUCUGUUCCUGUCCCCGCCCCCGCCCCCGAAGACAACGGAGAUGGCGUGUCCGUUCCUGUCCCCGCCCCCGCACCCGAAGACGACGGCGAGGAUACCGUCUCUGGCUCCGAAGACAACGACGAGGAUCCCGUCCCCGAGUGGUCAAUCGAGGACUGCCGCGACGGAUUCGUUGUUCUCGACAACUGGAGCACUCAGCAGAUCGCCGUCUACAACCCGCUCGCGCGAACCCUGGACCUCUUCCCCCUGCCGCCCCGCCGGGAGGACUGCGAGGGCCAGUAUUCUGAUUACUACAUCCUCGCCGAGGAAGAAGAAGAAGACUACUUGCCGUAUCGCGUCGUGUGCGUCUGGCACAGCGAACGCGGGGCGCGCGCCAUGGUUUUAUCAUCGGACACCAGCAAGUGGCAGAUUUUCCCAUGGAUAGACAUUGAUGGGCUCUGGCCUCAAACUGCUAAGCUGGUGAAUGGCUGCAUCUAUUGGACCAUUGGGAUGAAUGAUGCCCGUGUGCUUAACACUUCUACAAUGCAAUUCUCUCGGAUGGAUAAGCCACCGCGCAGGAGAGGGAAUGAGAUAUUGACGGCUGGUAAGACCAAGGAUGGAAGACUCUGUGUGGUCUGUGCACCUUUGGGGCCACUGACAUUCGAAUCCGUGCUUGCUGUUUGGAUUCGGGGAGCCGAUGACGAUGGCAUCGAGAGGUGGAUGUUGGAUAAGUCACUCCCGUUGCAGGAGAUAGCUGGAAUUGUUCGGUGCGAAUUCAAGGAAGACAAUGUUAAAUAUCAAGUGACUGUUAGGACGAUUAUCGAUGGAUUUGUGUACUUCUCUGCUUAUUGUGGGGUGUGGCAGCAUCAUCAUUCGACACUCUGGCUCCUAUCCUUCUGCUUGGAAACAGCGGCGCUGAACAAGCUUGGGCGUAUCCUUAGUGGUGUUUCCUAUCCCUACAUCAUGCCGUGGCCUCGUUCUUUGGUUGGUACACAGCAAGGUGACUAAGCCCUCGGCUCAAGCAAACCAGCUUAUCCAGUUAAAGACACACAAUUCUCUUCUGUGAUCUUGAAUUGAACUGAUGUCUGCUAAUUAAGCUGCGUCACUGGGCUCCUCAGGCAAAGGUGCAGAAGAAGAAACAUUUGAGCCGUUUGUAAUGGCAACAUGGUUGGUUCAAACUAAGGAUCUUGACUGGAGAAUGAGGAAGCGGGGCAGCAAGUUUGCAAGCAGGGCUUCAUCAAUAUGCUGGAAUUGUUGGUUCACAUGAAGAAUCUAAACUAUCUGCAGUUAGAACUUGCAAUGCCCUGUCUGAACUUCCGUAGAGCUCUCAAGGUGUGGAGCUAAUGUCUGUCAGUCUAUGGAAUGAAACACUGAACGACCAACCGUUCAUGUAUUGAAACAGUUUCGGUACAUCAAUUAGAGAAGAAACAAUCAGAAUUUGCCAU